GGCUGGACUGCCCUCUGACACGACCCUGUCAAAUGAGAGUGGAACCAACACGUACUGUAGACCACCCCAAUAGCUCAGAUUAAGGUUAUGAAUCUGUCAGAAGAGAAGAAGUUCCGCUGAGAGAGAAUGAACAUUUGUAAUCGAGAGGGAGGUCGCUGUGCAGAGAUGGCUAUGGUAUGCCUGACAGACUUUGAGGAGUAUGCUAAGGAGCAUCUCUCAAAGGCCACCUGGGAUUACUAUGCAGCUGGAGCGGACGAAUGCUGCACCAGGGACGACAAUCUACUGGCUUACAAAAGGAUCCGUCUGAGGCCUCGUAUCCUGCGGGAUGUGUCAGUGAGUGACACACGGACCACAGUGCAGGGGACAGAAAUCAGCUUUCCAGUUGGUAUUGCACCUACAGCCUUUCACUGUCUGGCCUGGCAUGAAGGAGAGGUGGCCACAGCUCGGGCCACAGAGGCACUCAACACAUGCUACAUCACCAGCACUUACUCCACCUGCUCAGUGGAGGAGAUUGUGGCAGCAGCACCAAACGGUUACCGCUGGUUCCAGCUGUAUGUGUACCGGGAUCGGAAGCUUUCAGAACAGAUUGUACACCGUGUAGAGGGGCUCGGCUACAAGGCCCUGGUCCUCACCGUCGACGUCCCCUACACCGGAAAGCGCCGCAACGACAUCCGCAACCAGUUCAAGCUGCCACCACACCUCAAGGUCAAGAACUUUGAUGGAGUCUUCCAGCAGGAGACAGCAGUCCCACGAGGAGGUACGGAUCAAGCCAACAUGGACCCUCCAUCAGCUGGGCAAGGACGGUACUGGCUGCAGUCCAUCACUCGCCUAUGUAUCAUCAAGGGGAUCCUGACCAAGGAGGAUGCGGAGUUUGGCCGUGGAGGCAUGUUCGCAGGAAUAUUUGAAGACCAUGGGGGGAGACAGCUGGACGGGAGGCCCCGAGCAUCGAUUGACGCGCUGUCGGAGAUCGUGGACACAGUGCAGGGCAGGAUCGAGGUCUAUCUGGACGGAGGAAUCAGGACAGGAAGUGAUGUACUGAAGUCGCUGGCCUUGGGAGCCAAGUGUGUUUUCAUUGGCCGUCCAGCAGUGUGGGGCCUUGCAUAUAAGGGUGAAGAAGGAGUGAGGGAAGUCCUGCAAAUCCUAAAUGAUGAGUUCCGUCUGUCCAUGGCUUUAUCAGGUUGCAGGAACGUGGCAGAAAUCAACAGGAACCUCAUUCAGUUCUCUAAACUCUAAUAGACCAGCAGAGGGCAGCACUGAGGACAACAAUGGUACCCACUGAACAGGACUGAACCAACCAACAGUGUUGAACAAGAGCCUGAGACUCCACCAUGACAAACUGAAAGACGUUCACCUCAGAACUCACGACUUUAUCAUGUCAGGAAACAUGGAACAUGCAAACAGCUUCCAUAAUUUGGAAAUGACUUAAUGUCUGAUAUCCAACAUGUAUUCAUGCAAGAGUGUGAGAGACACCCUGUCUCGGGAAAGCUGAAGGUCGGUGGCAGAUUUAGCAAAUGAGUAAUGAAAGUGUUUUUGCUGUUGGAUUGGAGGGGAUUUCAUUUAAUUUUAUUAUAACAAAUGCAACUGACAAUGACAAUACACUGCAGUUUGAGAUGCUGCCAGUGCUUGUGGUUAAAUAAACGCCAGCUGAGGUGAUGAAGAUCUGUUGCUCUGAGUCUGUUAUUACCACAGUGUUAAUUAAAAAUGCACUCUGCUCUGUGUCUGAUUAUUCCAGUGAAGAGGACAGAAAAACUAACC